AUGUCGAAAUUCUUUGUAUUUAAAAUACUGACUUCAAUUAUUGUUUUGUUGGAACUGCAAGAAGCUCGUGGCGAACAUGUGUUCUUUAGAGCCUUUAGAAAUUUACACAAAGAUCCGGGUCUUAGAGGUUCUACCAGAGCUCAUGUGGAAACAAAGUGGAUAGAACAAAAAUUGGAUCAUUUUAAUGAAAAUGAUAAUAGAACUUGGCAAAUGCGGUACAUGGCCAAUGAAGAAUUCUAUCAAGAAGGUGGUCCCCUAUUCAUUCAUGUCGGCGGAGAAUGGACUAUUUCGCCGGGUUCUAUAAGCAGUGGCCAUAUGUAUGAUAUGGCUAAAGAAAAUAAUGCUUAUUUGUUUUACACUGAACAUCGCUACUAUGGAAAAAGUAGGCCAGUAAGUGACCUUUCCAAUGAAAACAUGAAAUACCUAAAUGUUCAACAGGCCUUGGCCGAUUUGGCACAUUUCAUACGCACCAUGAAAACCACCCUACCGGGCAUGGAGAAUUCUAAAGUCAUAUUAAGUGGUGGCUCUUAUUCGGCCACUAUGGUUACAUGGUUUAAGAAAUUAUAUCCCGAUUUGGCAUCCGGAUGUUGGGCUUCCUCGGCUCCCUUAUUUGCCAAAGUAGAUUUUGUGGAAUAUAAGGAGGUUACUGGUCAGUCCAUACGUUUGGUGGGCGGUGAUUCCUGUUACAAUCGCAUUUCAAAUGGCAUACAAGAACUGGAGAAAAUGUUAACGGAAAAUAGAUCAGCUGAUUUGAGAUCAUCUUUAAAUUUAUGUGAUACAUUUGAUGACAACAAUGAAUUGGAUGUUUGGAUACUAUUUUCCACCAUAUCGGAUAUAUUUGCGGGAAUUGUUCAAAAUCAUCGUGGCAACACCAUUCAAAAUGCCUGCAAUAAAAUAAUGGAGGGAGAGGAUGACUUCAAAGGUUUCACAAACUUUAUGCUGCGCUAUUUUGAUAAUAAAAACUGUUCUGAUCUUAGCUACAAAACCUCGGUGGAGGAUAUCAAAGAUACCAACUUUGGCAAUGGAAUGAUACGCCAAUGGUUCUAUCAGACCUGCAACGAAUAUGGAUGGUAUCAGACUUCCGGUUCUAUGCAACAGCCCUUUGGCACCAUGUUUCCCGUCAAAUUAUACACCACCCUAUGUCAAGAUGCCUAUGGCCAAGAGUUUACCGCAGAGUAUAUCGAAAAUCAAGUGGCAAAAACUAAUGAAUUUUUUGGUGGUCUUCAACCACAAGUGGAAAAUGUCUAUAUGACUCAUGGCCAGUUGGAUCCUUGGCGGGCAAUGGGUAUACAGGAGGAAGGCAAGGCCACCAUAAUACCCAUGCGUGCCCAUUGCAAAGAUUUCGGUUCGAUCAGUGACAAGGAUAAUGAUGAGCUAAAGGCCUCAAAGAUUAAACUCAAGGAAUUGGUUAAGGAGUGGUUAAAGGAAUAGGAACUUAUAAUAUUAACUAAACAAUUAAAUAAAUAAAUUUUUCAUACAAAAACAA